AUGCGGAAAAACUUGUGUUGCUGUCUUCUGGAGGUGUGCGACUCCAAGGCCCGCAUAAUCUACAUAGACCCAGCAUGCCUGGUGGGGCCCAUGACAGCUGUCUGGAAGCGGUCAUCCCUUCGAAGGGCAAUGGAAAGCGGCCUCCUUCAGCCUAGUGAAUUCCCGCUGAGAGACAGUGGCUAUGGCCUUGCCCCAUGGCUGAUUACGCCAGUCUCCGGCACGCUCCAGCCGAACUCUCGGGAAGCGAGACUCAAUGGGGCCCACUCCUCCGUGCGGUCUGCGGUGGAGCGCUGCAUCGGCCUGUUGAAGAACAGGUUCCGUUCCCUCUACAAGCACCGGACCCUGUACCGCCCACCGCAGACCGCUGCCACCAUCAUUGCAGCCUGUGCAAUUCUGCACAACGUUUGCAUUGCUGCUGGGGAGUUGGAACCUGAAGCCGAAGAAGGAGACGACGUAAAGGGCGAGUCAAACAACGGUGGGCCUGAGCCACAAGAACCGCCUCCUUGGUUGCCACGGGUAAAACACGAAGUGUUCUCAGGACACUGUAGCCUCUAG